AUCAGUCGAUAGACGAGCCAUGAGUUACCGAAUCGGCGAGGAAAAACUUGAAGUAUAUUACCAGGUAUCCCUGGAACUGGUCAGGAAGUGCGGUCCGCUCUUUUUGGAGGGUUUCCAGAAACCGAAAACCGAUUACGAAGUCAAGUCAGCGUUCUAUGACUUGGUCACCGUGUACGACAAGCAAAUAGAAGCCACUCUAACAGAUGGUUUGCUAAAGACCUUUCCGGAAUCCAAAAUAAUAGGCGAAGAAGCUAUGGCCAACGCCAAAACGCCGCCUGAGUUGACGGAUGCCCCCACUUGGAUCAUAGAUCCCAUUGAUGGCACCAACAACUACGUUCGAAAGAUCCCCCAUUGCUGUAUUUCCGUGGGCUUGGCCAUAAACAAAGAGCUGGUGCUGGGGAUUGUGUACAAUCCAUCUGCAAAUGAGUUGUAUUCAGCUUGGCAAGGCCACGGAGCUUAUUUAAAUGGACAACCCAUUGAGGUUUCCAACGCUAAGAAGAUAAACCAAGCAUUGGUGUGCUAUGAGAUCUCCCUAAUCGUGGUGUCUAAGGGGCGGGACAAGAACGUGAAGCGUCUCUACAAGCUGGCCUCGAGUGCCACUGGCACCCGCAGCUUUGGAUGCGCAGCUCUCACGCUCUGCUAUAUAGCCGCCGGCAGAUGUGACGCCUAUCAUGUGGAGAAUCUAAAGCCCUGGGAUCUGGCUGGCGGUGCGGUAAUCCUCAGGGAAGCCGGUGGCAGGGUAUAUCACACAAGCGGUGCAAGAUUCGAUGUGAUGAAACCCGACUGUGUGUGCACCAGCUCUGAAGAAUUGGCCAAAAGUGUAAUCCAAUUGAUAGAAGGAGCCGACCAAAUUAGCGGCUAUACUUUUAAAUAAAUCAUAAAGCUUAAUAUAUAUUCAUGAAGUCUAAACAACUAUAUUCAAUAGAUUGGAAAUGAUGGAUGUAUGAAACAAUACGAAUAUGUUUAAUGAUAAGCAUAAAAGCAAAGUUUAAAGAUUAUAAGACAAGUGAUUGAUCUUUAUAAUACAGUUACGAUCAAUUUUAACAUAAUAUCUGCAAGGUUUCUCUGAGUAUUAUGACUUGCAGCUCGAGUGUGUAAAUCAUCCAAUAAUAAAGUCUGAGAGCGUCGAAAAAUGCUGAU